UAUAGGUCAAUUAUUCAUAUUUGCAACUAAACAUGUACAAUUUAACCAAGAGUCACCAAAGUAAUAAAAUUUUGUCAUCCACUCCAUGUUGGGUGGCACCAAACACAUAUGACGUUGAAGAAAUUCGUGACUCAAAUGAAUCUUAUCAUCCAUUUUUAUCAUCGAAACCCAGAUUCGAAACUAAAAAACCAUUUUGUAAUACUUUUUACAAUGUGAAAAAUACUGACAAAAUAAAGGGUGGAAAAUUUUUGAAGGGUUUACGGUUCGAAAUAGAGUGUAAGCGUGAAGUUGGGCCUUGCAAUUUUGACUAUAGCGAUCGACGAUCUUCAUCAGAUGUUUCAAGCCAUUCUGAUUCGGUCAAACCACAAAAACGUUUACCAAAAUUGUAUGUUAAUAGACCAAAGCUUACAUCGGGCGUAAGUCCACCAUCAGUACCAACAAAAAUUGAUGAAUAUGGAUAUGAUUUUGAUGAAAAUGGGAACUUAAUAAAAAAUACUUUGAGUAUGGUGGAUAUAUGCGGUUGUAAGGAGAAGGAGGGAACACUAAAAAAAUCUAAAUGUGAACCAUGUAAACCUUGCAAUGAAUGGAGAAAACCAACAAAAGAACGAAUAGAAGAACAAUACCAAGUGAAUGAUGUUCCAUCCCCUGGAGCUUAUGAUCCUGUCGAUUUAAACAAGCUUUGUACAAUGAAACCCGACUACGCAGCACAACAAAAAAAUAAAAAGUGUGCUCCUAUUAUUCGAUAUACAGACGACAUCUAUAGAGAUGCUUACCGUAACAAUUAUCCAGCUCCAUGUGAUUACAGUCCAAAAAUAAAACCAAGAAAUAAAAUUCAACGACUUGUACCAUUCGGUAUUUCAAGUUCUGAAAGAAGAAAUACAUUAUUCGGUGCUACCAAUUUGGAAUCACCAGCUCCAAAUCUUUAUGUUAUAACGGAUAGAGUUGCUUGCGGUUAUCAACAUCUGAAAUGUGAUCUAACAUUUGGGCAUGAGGAAAGAUUUAGAGGAAUUGUUGUAGAUAAUGAUGUUCCACCACCGGGAACAUAUACUCCGAAAGUUACUAUUCAAGACACUUUAUUGAGUGAAAUUCGACGAACACGGUAUUUAAAAGGUGGUUUUGGUGUCACCUCUCCUUUACAUCCAUGUGAACAUCCUGAUGCCUCACCAGCCCCAAAUCAAUAUUGUACACAGGAACCAAAGGACACUUGUUGUUACUCCAAGAAUAUACCAACAUCAAAAUUCAUUUCCAAAACUAAACGAUUUGCUUGUAACCAUUUAGAUACACCAAAUCCAUUCACAUAUGAUACACAAUCAUCGUUUAAAGCUACACAAGACAAAAAAUCUUUUUUAAAAGUUAAGAAACGAAAAAAGCAAGGAUUUUUAGUUGGACUACCGUCACGAUUUCAUCCGUUUUUUGGAUUAGCAUCACCAUUUAGAGAUUUUAACAAAAAUCUAGGUCCUGGUUCGUAUGACUAUGAAGACUGUUUGAAGAGUACUAUCGAUGGAUAUUAUUUACCAGUAGUGGAUCGAUGGCUGGAACCAUCAUUCCGAAAACCACCACCAGGUUCAUAUGAGAUAACUAAAGAUGGCAAUAUUUAUACAGAUAGUAUGAGCAGAGCCAAACAUUCAUUCAAUAGAGAAGUGAAAAAUGAAAUUUCAAAUGCAAAUGGAAAACGAUCAAAAUCAGAGGUAAAUUCGGCCAAAACAAGCUUAUUCCUAAACAGGGUUACAAAAACAAAACUAUUACGAUCAUUUAAUCGACCACGUUUAACUGCAUCUGAAAUAAAAAGUGGUGUGAAACGUUAA